AUGGCUGUUGUUGUGGCAACGGCUUAUGUACGCAGCUCGCGCAUUGACAACAAGACGCACACGAUCGCCAUCUCCAACUCCAGACAUCUUCCUCACCCCACACAACGACACCACGACACCACGACACACACCGGCCAAAGCGAACAUCGAUACCACAAAAUGGUCGCUACACGUCGCGGUGCGAAAAAGGCCGCUGAGCCCGCGCCUGCCGCUCCUACGCUCAAUGCGCCCCCAAAGCGCGGUGGUAGGAAGAAGGCAGUCGUCGAAGAAGCUGCACCCGAACCCGCGCCUGCCGCCAAACCCAUCAAGGCUGCUGUAUCCAAGCGCAAGGCCAAGGCACAGCCUGAGGCCGCUGAGCUGCCCGCCGCAAAGAAGCCCACCAUGAACACAAAAGCGACGCGUGCCGCCAAAGUUGAGACAAAAGCAGCGCCCGCCCCAGCUGCACCCAAGAGGGCCACUCGCGGCAAGAAGAUCGUCGAGCCCGAAGCCAUCGAAGAGCCUGCCGUCGUCGAAGAGGCUCCCAAGCCCGCUGCCACUCGCGGUCGCAAAGCUGCAGUCAAGAAGGCGCCCGCCCCCAAGAUCGAGGAGCCUGUCGUCGAAGAGCCUGCUAUCGAAGAAGAGCCAGCAGCUGCUGACGAACCCAUGGUCGAUGAAGCUCCCAAGCCAGCGACUCGCGGCCGCAACGUGCCAGCAAAGAAAACUGCCGUCGCCAAGCACAUGAAGGCUGCACCCCACAAAGCACCCAUCGCCGUCAAGCCAGCACCGCGUGCGCGCAAAGCUGCUGCACCCAAGCCUUCAUUGCCACCUCCAGUUGCUGCCACCAGGGCCACCCGCGGUCGCAAUGUCGCCGCCCCAGCACAAGACUCGCCGCUGAAGGCACCCGCGCGCAAGCCAGCAAAAAAGGCUGCCGCCGUCGUCGCAAAGGCUCAGCCCGCAGUUGUUGCUGAAGCUGCGCCGUCACUAGUCGCAGAGGCUGAGCCUGCUGUCAACGCGAAAGCUACACCGUCACCAUCGCCCGUCGCAAAGGCUGAGCCUGCGACUGUCGAGGAGCCGUUCACUGAGUUCCCCGGCUACCCUACCACACCUGCACACAUCGCCGCGCCCAUGUCAACAAAAGACGCUCUUGCAGCCCUGCCCAGUUAUCCAAAGACACCCGCUCACAUCGUCGCGCCCAUUGGCAACAAGGCCAUGCUCGCUGAGAUGCCCGGUUACCCAAAGACACCCGCUCACAUCAGGGCGCCCAUCUCGGUACAGGCUGCCAUGAAUGAGAUGCCCGGCUACCCCAAGACUCCAGCCCACAUCACGGCACCAGUCCUGCCUUUGGUCGCUGAGACUGAGGAGGUCAAGGAGGACUUGGUGGAGUAUGUCAACACUCCCGCACAUGUAGAUGCUAUGAACACCGAGGACAAUGCUAUGAAUGAGCUACCCGAUUACCCAGAGACACCUGCACACAUUCAAGCUCCUCUGGCCAACAAGGAGGCCCUCAACGAGUUGCCCGAUUACCCCAAGACUCCCGCACACAUCCAAGCACCCAUGAGCUCAAGGAAGGCUCUUGGCGAGCUGCCCGUCGACUACAUCAGGACGCCGGCGCAUGUGGUUGCUGCAAGCACGCCCAGCACCAUCGGCCUUUCUAAACUGACUGCCGACUGCUUCGGCACGCCCCUUCACCGUCCUUCGCCUAUGCCUAUCAUCGAGGAGUCUGCGGCUGUGCCCGAGGACCCCUCCGAACUGACUGCUGACUGCUCCGGCACGCCAUUCCACGUCUCUUCGCCCGUCAUCGCUGAGGAGGUUGCAGCUGAAGCGGCAUCCGAGGGCCCCGAGACACCUCAGAAGCUUGUGUGGGGUGUCACGAACCAGGAGGCCUUCAACGAGCUGCCAGAUGAGAUUGCUGACGCCAGCGAAGUCACCGACUGCGACAACAUGGAUGUAGACACCGAGGUUUCCGUUGCUCAGCCGAUGCCCAAGCUUCAGCUCGCACCUAUUGCGCUCAAUGCCCCCUCAAACGCUCCGGAGCCAGCCUCGCCCUUGAAGUCAGCUCUGCGCUCUCCCCAGAAGUUCGAGACUAAGACACCAAAGAAGGCUGUCACCUGGGACGAGCACGAGGAGAGUGACCUGUUCAACUACGGCGGACCACUCGCCGGCCUCACUUUCUUUGUCGACAUCACCUCACACGGAAAGGAGCACAACUACAUCUUCAUGACCCUGCUUGAGGAUAUGGGUGCAAAGAUUGCUAAGGAGUGGCAGAGCACCGGCAUCACCCACGUCCUCUUCAAGGAUGGCAACAAAGAGACCCUCGAGAAGGUUCUUGCCAGCAAAGGAGCCAUCAAGUGCGUCAACGUCGGCUGGAUCCUUGAGUGUGAACAGACCAAGAGCCGUGUUGAAGAGUCGCCCUACCUAGUGGACCUCUCUGUCGUAAUGCCUCAGUCUCCCCUUCCCACGGCUGCGCUCAACGCCUACACCCCAGCACGGACUCCUUCGAGGUACGCCUUGCCUCCUUCGUCUGAGUGUAAGAGCAUUCCCGAUACUCCCACCAGCUCUGAGAUUGACCACUCCUUGGUCAACGACGACGAUGACAAGGAGAACUCUGAGGUCGGCCUCUUCUUCAGAGACAGUGUUAUCAAGACUGGCAUUCCGCGUACCUGCCCACCCAAGAAGGCGUCUGUCUUGUUCAGCAGGUCGCCCAUGAGGACGCCUUCCAAGAUCAACUUCAUGGGAAACUCGCCUCUCAAGCCCUUCUCCACCUCCAAGAAGCGAUCGCUUGAUACUUCCUCCUCUUUGGGCCUGUCCAUGUCGGUCCCGCCCAAGAAGCUGCGUCUUUUCUAG